AUGGCUGCUUCGGCUCCGGAAGAGUGGUCCAGAGUAACAGCGGAAGCUGAAGACAUGGAGGAGUCCGUCACGACGACAGAACCUGCACUGACCUCGACGUCCGAGUACGACCGUUUCGUGCAUGCGGUCCGCACCCAGGAGGCCGACGGCCGCAAAAUGAUGGCCGAAGCGCUCAAGAGGAUCCUGCCUCUCAUGAUCCGCAUGGGACACGAGUCUGGAAUUUCUAGCGACUGCCAAAUGGCAUAUUUCAAGAACAUGAUGGGUGUCAAGGACCUCAAGGCAUGGGCGCUAAAAAUGUUGGACUCGUCUGGCAAGAUCCCGGAUGGGGUGCUAGAAGGGACGCUCGUGGCCUUGGGGUCGUACAACGAGUGCGUCGACAUCGUGGCCCGGGACCAGGGCCAGGAACACGAGUACUUUCGAGGACAGUACUGCGCCCUGGACGUCAAACCCUACCUGCCGCCUAAGCCGAAAAAGUACAACCCGCAGAUCAUGUUCCGGAAUAUCUCCGAAGUCCUACCCAUCCUCAAGACUCUGGAGCUGGACACUUCGUUGGCCUACAUGUACUUCCUCAAGUUUCGCAUCGGCAUCUGCGUCCCCUCCACCUGCAGUCUCGAAGACAUCCGGAGUCUCGCCAGCUACUUCGGGAAGCAGAUGAAGACCAACGUGACGGUUCCCUGGUGCGAAGUGAAGCAGAAAGUCGUACUUCCCGAUUACUACGUUGCGAUCCUGGUCAUUUUCGGCUGCGGCAUCCUUGUUGUCAUCACUGGCACGUUGCUUGAAAUUACGCCUAAAGUAAGAAGAGUCGUAAGGCGUGAGCCAGAACCACUCAAGGAGCCGGAGAAAAACAUUCUUCGGCAGCUGUUGGAGGCGUUUUCUGCGUACUCCAAUGGUCGGAAAAUCUUGUCGACGAAAACCAACGACCGGAGCCUGAGAUGCCUUCACGGCAUACGAUUCAUCAGCAUGCUUUGGGUGAUGCUUGGUCACGUAUACUUCAGCCGCAACAACUCGAUAGUCUUAUAUCAGGUUCAAACAAACCCUAAAUUUGCAGCGGGAGCUAUCCGAGCCAAAGGCUUGGGAAAAGAUGUCGCCUUCCAAGUGGUACUGAACGCCUCGCUAUCCGUAGACACCUUCUUUCUUCUAAGUGGACUGCUUCUCAUGUUCGUCUGCUAUGGAAAGCUUCAACAAGAUAAAGGAAGAUUUGACUUUUUAAUGUACUACAUUCACCGCUACAUCAGGCUGACGCCGCCAUUUUUGAUGGUGUCUCUCACCUUGAUACUUGGCCCACCCUGGAUGAGCGGUCCGCUCUGGCAUGAAACAGUGGACCGUUUCGCGGAAGGAUGCAAACGCUAUUGGUGGACCAACAUCAUUUACAUUAGCGCCUGGAUGAAAACCCAGGAAGUUUGUCUUCCGCAUGGCUGGUACUUGUCCUGUGACAUGCAGUAUUUCAUAAUUGCGCCCAUCUUCUUUAUCACGCUCUACAGGCGUCCAGCGGUUGGCCUGGGCCUCAUAGGUGCCUUCGCCUUCGCCAGCAUGGCCAUAACGGGCUUGGUCACAUACUCCUACGACUAUGGGCCAGUCGCUCUUUUUUCUAUACCGGACGAUGAAAACCUGAACGCAUUCCUGAACGACAUCGCAUUCCGUCCGUACACACACUUCCCAUCCUUCGCCGUUGGCCUGUGCCUCGGAUACCUCAUCUACAAGUACAGGCAGGUCAAAAUGAGCAGGCGGAUACAGCUGGUGGGGUGGCUGUCUUCAGUGACCACGGGACUGACCAUCGUGUACGGCGUUUACGAAUGGAACGCCCAUUCACCUCCUGGCCCCUUUCUCAGCGUGCUAUACGGGGCCACCAGCCGCCCCGCUUGGACACUGUGCGUCGCCUGGGUCACGUUCGCAUGUGUUUCUGGCCAUGGAGGGUUCGUGGACACACUGCUGUCGUGGAAGGCGUUCGUGCCCCUCAGCAAGAUGACCUUCAUGGUUUACCUGCUGCACCCACCACUGAUGUUCAUGUACGCAGCGCACACCAUGAACGCCAUCUACGUCACCCAAUUCAUGGUGGUCUAUGUCUACUUCGCGCACCUGCUGGCGUGCUACAUGGCUGCCUUUGUGGGCUGCGUCACGUGCGAGACGCCGUUCAUCAACGUCGAGAAGAUCCUGUUCAGGGCACUGAACGACUACCGCAAGAGCCGCAAGGCGGAGGCCAGUCCUGAAUGCAUGGCGCAUCUACAGCAGCCCGCCAGGACCACCGGCGGUGUCCUAGUGCUCGACAGCAUAGCGCACGCUGUCCCGGAGUCUGCGGCAGCGACUACGGGCAGCUGCUUUAUCGCCGCCGGAUCUGAGUGCGAACGUGGCGACAUUUGCAGGCUGUAG